AGCAAUAGUCGGAAAUCAGGUGUUUCAUCGGCUUCCUGCAGUGUGAAUAUUUUCACAACUGUGAUGCAACGUUUUCAUUUAAGACCAUAAGUUUAUUUUCUUCUUUUUAUCAUCAAUGAUAUACGUUUUACAUCCUGCAUCUUUCGUUCACUCAAAUGUUGCAUGAGUCAUCUCAGUCUUAAUAACGAACGCCGGUUGGUAUGAUUAGAAGAAUAAUUGCUGACACUGAGAAAACAGAUUUUUAUAGUGAUUACUAGAUUUUAGGAACAUAAAAAAGAAAACUCCAUCUGCAUUUGAAAUGGAAACGGCUAUUUUAAAUCUACAUCUGAUGUCAUUCUGAAUACCCACCUGCUUGAUCUCGAAUAUUCUAACCUGUUGUUGAAUUCAUAUUGCAUUUCUUAAGACAAUGGACUCAUAAUUGGAUCGAAGAAUGAUUAAAAUAUCAAUCCAUUAUGACCAAUUUCUUGUCCUGUGUAUCAGUGUCUCUUAUUUUUAUCACUGUAAAUGUAAUGGGUUGCAAAAAUGAACUGUUCAAAAACGUUGCUUUCAACUGUGAACUUUCAAUACAUACCAAUAAUCAAAGUCUGUACUGCAAAAGCAGCAUUUUACCCAUAUCCAAUACAUUUUAUAUUUUACACCUGCAUCAACGGAAAGAAAUUAAAAUUACUACACAGGGAUUUUUUGAAUCGUUCAUGAAGUCUAAUUUUGAAAAUGAUUCAGCAAUGUACAGCUGCGAGAACCAUCCAAUGAUUUCUGACACGGAUUUAAUUGCAGAGGAAUUUUGCAUUAAAUUUGACAGUUGCAUAGAACAAGUGGCAAGCUUUAUUAACACAUCAUUCGUACAACAACUCAACAUAACAAACGCUAAUAUAGCAUUACUGAGUUUUCAAGACUUAAUGAACCUAACUUCGAUAAGCAUUUUAAAUAAUAAUGUGUCCCAUGUGUCGAAAAAACUUUUUAAAACUCAAACCAUUUUAGAAACACUAGUUUUAAAAAACGAUUGUAUUCAGCAUUUACAGGCUGGAACUUUCGAAGCACAAGAUAAACUAAUUUCAUUAGAUUUGUCGAUAAAUAGCUUGAAACACUUUCCAAAAGAGGCUUUAAUUAAUCUAAUAAAUUUAAAGUACUUGAAUGUAUCGAACAACUUAAUUGAAACUAUAGCAAAUAAUGAUUUUACAGUGCUUUUACAUCUAAAUGAGCUGGAUCUUUCGAAUAAUAAAUUGACAACGAUUGAUGCGAAUACUUUUAACUCCAACGGUUUAUUAAAAGUUUUACAUCUUAGCUGUAACAAUUUUAAAGUUCUACCUGAAUUACUUUUUUCCAAAUUAAUCAAUUUAGAAAAGAUUUAUUGUCGAAAUUGUGAGCUUCACAAAUUAGACGAAGAUUUAUUUGUCAACAAUGUUAAGCUGCUGCGUUUUGAUUUUAGUGAAAAUAAUAUCUCAGUUUUACCCUCUGAAAUUUUUCGGAACCAGGUAUUUCUAGAAAUAAUCAAUUUAAGCAAGAACAAAAUAUCUUAUUUGAAUUCAUUCAAAAAUAAACCUCGUUUGCACGCUCUGCUCAUGUCAGAAAAUAACUUGCUAGCUUUGAAUGAAGACACAUUUUUAGAAGCUCCUUCAACAUUUUGGAUUAUACUGAAUAAAAAUAACUUAACGUCAAUAAAUGACAACCAUAUAAAACAUCUACGAAAUGUUGGUUUUUUAGAUCUAUCAAAUAAUAAGAUCACAAAUAUUGAGCUAGGUAAGACAACAGAAGUUAUGAUACGGGUCUUAUAUGUAUCCAAUAAUCUGGUGAAGAAAUUUGAUGUAGAAUGGCGAAGCUUUGUAUACUUAGAGAUAUUAGACAUGGAUUAUAAUCAGAUAAAGUAUAUAGAGAUUCCACCGUGCAUUCCCAAUUUAAAACAAACUAUUACAAUUUCUUUUAAAUUUAAUAACAUCACUAAAGUUGGUUUAAAAUCUCUUCUAAGGGACGAGAUGCGAGCUCUAACAGAUCGGACAAUGGCCGGAUGCUUAUUUAACGGUAUGGCAAAGAACUUUAUUGACCUGACUCAUAAUCCCUUACACUGUGACUGUGAUUUGUAUCCAUUACACAAUUACAUUGUUCGAAAAACUGGUAUUAAAUUGGAUAGUUUUCUAAACAUUGAAAAUCUUACUUGCAAUAGUCCUCCACGUCUAAGAAAUGAGUUAGUGUCUGAAUUACCAGGAGACGUCUUCAGUUGUCCGAUGGUAGAAGAUUGUCCAAAGUCGUGUAUUUGUGGAAUCCGCGGUCAAGACGAUGAAAUUUUUGUUAAUUGUACAAAUAGAGGACUUGAAACAAUACCAGAAAAUCUUCCAGCUGAUACCACUGUUCUGUACUUCAAUAAUAAUAAUUUGCGUAAUUUCUACUCACUAAAUUCUCACUCUUAUAAAAAUAUAACAGAGAUACAUGCCGAUAAUAAUAAAAUUACCACUUUGCAUGGUUUGAAAAUGCCGGAGAAUUUAAAAUAUUUAUCUUUAAAAGAAAAUAGAAUCAGAGAUUUUCCUGAAUCGUUUUCAGAUUUCUUAAAUGAUCAUAAAGAUUUUAAGCUUUUUUUAAGCAAUAAUAACACAUAUUGUGACUGCGAGAAAAAACCUUUGAAAAAUUUCUUGCUAAAAAACUCAGCUUCAAUCAGAGACGUAGCUAAUAUCACUUGUGAAAUCGAUAAUAAUGGAACAAUAUCUAUUUUACCCUUAUAUAAAAUUCCCGAUUCAAUUCUAUGUCCGAAGUUUAACGGACAAAACUUAAGUUUUAAAAUAACAAUAUGGCUCAGUAUUUUAUUUUUUACAAUGAUAACAAUACUACUCGUAUACUAUAAACAACGACAGCUCAUACUAUCGUUUCUUUACAUUCAUUGUGAACAGUUAUUUCAGUUGCUAUGUGAAGAAAAUGAGCAAAUGGAAGAAAAGAUUUUUGACGCAUUUAUCGCUUACAGCAGCUGUAAUCGUGAUAUUGUCAUGAAAUUAAUUGAAGAGUUAGAAGAAAAAGACCCAUUCUUCAAGCUAUGCAUUCAUGAGAGAAACUGGUUGCCUGGGCAGUAUAUAAGUGACAAUAUCAUACAUUCAGUUCAAAGCAGCAAAAGAACAAUCAUAGUGCUCUCAGACGAUUUUAUUUCUAGUCCAUGGUUUAGACUAGAACUUCGAGCCGCUGUUUUCAAAGUUUCAAAAGAUAAAAUGAAUAAGAUUAUAGUUAUUUUAGCAGACAAUUCAACCUCCUUAGAUGGUAUUGAUACAGAAUUAAGACACGUGAUAACCAAACGAACUUAUUUAGUUUGGGGCGAACGCUGGUUUUGGGAAAAACUAAAGUAUGCGAUGCCUCAUAAAAGCAGAGAGCUACCUGAAGAUCGUUAUAUAACUCUAAAUGAUAGGAAAGGUAGUAGCACAACGACGCUUAUUGAAAGUGGGGCAAAUAGUGUUAUUCCAGUUGUAGUGUAGAAACAUCAGAGAAAGAACAAAAACUAAUUAGAAUUAUUUUUCGGCAGCUCAAAGAAUAUGGAUAUUUGCUAAAUUCUGCCUACUUAUUGGUAACUUAAAGUAAAAAAAAAAGAUAAUAAUUUUUUUUAACUUUUUUUUUUAAAAAAAUCGAUUAAGGAAGGAAGGAAAAAAUAUAUAAAGAAAGAAAGGCCAUAACACACUUUUAGGCACUAAUUUCUAGCGAGAGUAGAAAAAAAGAACCAAUAAACAUGACUAAGCAUAUGACUUGUGAAUAAAAAUGAAGGUUUAUUUUUAUUUCUGAUUAAUUUUGUGAGAACAUACACUACGGCACUUUACCCUACAUUAAAGUGAGUACACUUUCUUCAUUUUUUUGGAUGGAGGACAGUAUCAAGAAAAAUUUAUUAAUUCCACUUAAACAGUUUUGCAAGUAAAAAGGCAAAAUAUUAAAUAAGAUGAAUGUGCAAAAUAAAUAAUUUAUAAUUAGGCUUUUAAUUGGACUCGUUUACCACAAACGCUACAAUAAAAAACGAAAAUAAAAAGUUGUGACGUUGAAGCAAUGAUCUGCGAUUGUGAAAGGUCCUAACGGCAGCGACAAUAAGCCCAUCCAUCUUAUGAAGGAAAAUCAACUUAUCUUGGAAGUAAAUGUGGUCGGGGCGCAAUGUUGGAAAAAUUGCCGCUGUCAUGCUAUUGGUCUCAAAAUUUUGGAACCUUAACCUUCAUGACCCUUCUAGUCAACAAAGCAGCUGUUGCGAAAAUGCUUUUUUAAAAAUUAAGAAUAAAUUCUUUCCGUACUUCAUUCUUCUUGAAAAGACUUCAUCUUUCGAAUUACAUCAUAAAAGAUAAGCCAUGAGCAAUUAGGCAUACAAGCAAAUCAGAGGAUUUUAAGUAAGAAGUGUUUUUCAAGUUUGGGAAAUGUCUCAAGCAGUUCACAGAAACAAUUUGACAACCUAAUUUCAGAACGAGAAUUGAGAAAAAUGGCUGUGCAUCUUUUACUUGUAAAUAUGCAUUCUUGAAUUUUGUUGCUAAAAGUUUGCACCAUAAAGUUAAAUUAAAUUUCCAAUAAAUUUUGUUUGUGAGUGUGUUUUAAA